CCAAGGAAGCUAAUUAAUGGCCUAUCUAGGCGGCUAGGACCAGGGUAUCGGCAAAGCCCGGCCUGGAUCUAUGCCCAGAAGGGGCUGUGGGCCUUUAAAGGCUUCCUGGGGUUAGGAAAGUCUGAGAGGCUUCCCGGACAACUAAAAGUUCUGCAUUCUCAGAAAAUGGGAGGAGUGGCCGGUGGAGGUGAUGGUAAGCAGUGCAAAAGCUCCCUGAAGGCCCAGGUACAGUGGUCUCAGCGAGGGUGGAGAAAGGAAUGGCCUCCUCUCAGAACAGCCCAGAACCUCUCUCAGUUCCGCAACUCUUUCUACUCAGACUUGGAUUGACAGCGCAGAAGCGGUGGCCUUUCUUGGGAGAUGCUAGCUACACUACUUUUCAGAUCUUAAGGAAGGAUGUACCACGGACCCGCCACACUGGGAGCCCAGAAUAUGGCCUCUUUAAGGCGACUCGGAUUCCCCCCACCCCCUCCCUCCACUGAGACUAAAUAAGUUGAGGUUUGGGCUCCCAGUGAAAAGUGAUUGUCACUACUGCGAGCCAAUAGGUACCAUUAGGGUCCUGUAACGUUUGAAGGGAACACUUUCCAAUUCAGUUUUUUCUCCCCCUUUGGAGGGGGCGGGACUGGAGAGAGGACUAGGGAAGGAGAGUGGGGGAGGACUAGGGGCGCGUGGUUUUCCCAUCUCAUCCCUGGAGGAGGGGCCGGAGCAUCCCUGGUAGCCAAUCAGGGACAGGCUGGGGGGGCCGCUUUGAAGAAGUUUGGGGGAAAAAAAGUUUGGAAAAGUUUCUAUAAUAACGAGGGGGCGUCCGGAGGGAGGCGGCAGCGACAGAAGAGGGGGUGUCUCAGAGAAAGGGAGGGAGGGAGCCACCCGCGCGUGAAGCUACAGCAGCGUCCAGAGCCUCCCCCUCCCACCCAGGCGGGACCUGGGGGCUCCGGCCGGACCCAUGGGGGCGGCAAGCUGCGAAGAUGAGGAGCUGGAAUUUAAGCUGGUGUUCGGGGAGGAAAAGGAGGCCCCCCCGCUGGGCGCGGGGGGCCCUGGGGAAGAGCUGGACUCAGAGGAUGCCCCUCCCUGCUGUCGUUUGGCCCUUGGGGAACCCCUUCCUUAUGGUGCUGCCCCUAUUGGUAUUCCCCGACCCCCACCCCCUCGGCCAGGCAUGCACUCACCACCACCCCGUCCCGCCCCUUCACCUGGCACCUGGGAGAGCCAGCCGGCUCGGUCGGUGAGGCUGGGGGGCCCAGGAGGGAGUGCGGGGGGUGCUGGGGGAGGUCGUGUUCUCGAGUGUCCCAGCAUCCGGAUCACCUCCAUCUCUCCCACGCCUGACCCACCGACCUCGCUAGAGGACACUCCUGAAACCUGGGGAGAUGGCUCUCCUAGAGAUUACCCCCCACCAGAAGGCUUUGGGGGCUAUCGAGAGGCAGGAAGCCAGGGCGGAGGUGCCUUCUUCAGUCCGAGCCCUGGCAGCAGCAGUCUGUCUUCGUGGAGUUUUUUCUCCGAUGCCUCGGACGAGGCCGCCCUGUAUGCAGCAUGCGACGAGGUGGAGUCUGAACUUAAUGAAGCAGCCUCUCGCUUUGGCUUGAGCUCUCCACUGCCUUCGCCCCGGGCUUCUCCUAGGCCCUGGACCCCGGAGGAUCCAUGGAGCCUCUACGGUCCAAGCUCCGGAGGCCGAGCGCCAGAGGAUAGCUGGCUACUCCUCAGCGCUCCUGGGCCCAUCCCAGCCUCCCCGCGGCCUGCUUCACCCUGUGGCAAGAGGCGCUAUUCCAGUUCAGGAACCCCGUCUUCGGCCUCCCCAGCUCUGUCCCGCAGGGGCAGCCUUGGGGAAGAGGGUCCAGAGCCACCUCCACCGCCCCCAUUGCCUCUGGUCAGGGAUCCUAGUUCUCCAGGCCCUUUUGACUAUGUCGGAGCUCCAACAACCGAGAGCAUCCCUCAGAAAACCCGGAGGACUUCUAGCGAGCAGGCGGUGGCCCUGCCUCGGUCUGAGGAGCCUGCCUCGUGCAAUGGAAAGCUGCCCUCCGGAACAGAAGAGGCUGUGGCUGCUCCGGGAGGUCUGCGGAAAGAGGUGGCUGGCAUGGACUAUCUAGCAGUGCCUUCUCCCCUUGCAUGGUCCAAGGCCCGGAUUGGGGGACAUAGCCCCAUCUUCAGGACCUCUGCCCUACCUCCCCUGGACUGGCCUUUGCCCAGCCAGUAUGAACAGCUGGAGUUGAGGAUUGAGGUGCAGCCUAGAGCACACCAUCGAGCCCACUACGAGACAGAGGGCAGCCGAGGUGCUGUCAAAGCUGCCCCUGGAGGUCACCCUGUGGUCAAGCUCCUAGGCUACAGUGAGAAGCCGCUGACUCUCCAGAUGUUCAUUGGCACUGCAGAUGAAAGGAGCCUGCGGCCGCAUGCCUUCUACCAGGUGCACCGUAUUACUGGCAAGAUGGUGGCCACGGCCAGCUAUGAAGCUGUAGUCAGUGGUACCAAAGUGUUGGAGAUGACCUUACUCCCAGAGAACAACAUGGCCGCAAACAUUGACUGUGCUGGAAUCCUCAAGCUUCGAAAUUCAGACAUUGAACUUCGGAAGGGUGAGACGGACAUCGGGCGCAAAAACACACGUGUGCGGCUGGUGUUCCGUGUACACGUGCCUCAGGGCGGCGGGAAGGUCGUCUCUGUGCAGGCAGCGUCAGUGCCCAUUGAAUGCUCCCAGCGCUCAGCACAGGAGCUGCCCCAGGUGGAGGCCUACAGCCCCAGUGCCUGCUCUGUGAGAGGAGGGGAGGAACUAGUGCUGACCGGUUCCAACUUCCUGCCAGACUCUAAAGUGGUGUUCAUUGAGAGGGGCCCUGAUGGCAAGCUGCAGUGGGAGGAGGAGGCUGCGGUGAACCGGCUACAGAGCAGUGAGGUGACACUGACUCUGACUGUCCCUGAGUACAGCAACAAGCGGGUAUCCCGGCCAGUCCAGGUCUACUUCUACGUCUCCAACGGGAGGAGGAAGCGCAGUCCUACCCAAAGUUUCAAGUUCCUACCUGUGAUCUUCAAGGAGGAGCCCCUACCAGACUCAUCUCUCCGGGGCUUCCCUUCCACGUCGGGUCCCCCAUUUGGCACUGACAUGGACUUCUCACCACCCAGGCCCCCCUACCCCGCCUAUCCCCAUGAAGACCCUGCUUAUGAGACUCCUUACCUGUCCGAAAGCUUUGGUUAUAGCACCCCCACUCUAUACCCCCAGACGGGGCCCCCACCAUCCUAUAGAUCAGGCCUGCGGAUGUUCCCUGAGACUGGAGGUACCACAGGUUGUGCCCGCCCGCCUGCAGUCUCCUUCCUUCCCCGCCCCUUUCCCAGUGAUCCUUAUGGAGGACAGGGUUCUUCUUUUGCCCUGGGGCUUCCAUUCUCCCCUCCAGCUCCCUUUAGGCCUCCUUUACCUUCCUCCCCGCCCCUUGAAGACCCCUUCAAUCCCCAGAAUGCUGCCCACCCAUUACCUGCUGAGGGCUACAAUGAGGUGGGGCCAGGCUAUACCCCUGGGGAGGGGGCUUCGGAGCAGGAGAAAUCCAGGGGUGGCUACAGCAGCGGCUUCAGAGACAGUGUACCUAUCCAGGGUAUCACCCUGGAGGAAGUGAGUGAGAUCAUUGGCCGAGACCUGAGUGGCUUCCCUGCCCGUCCUGGAGAAGAGCCUCCUGCCUGAACCACGUGUAGUGGCCCCAGAAGCCCCGCCUCCUUGCCCUUUUAACCGGGGCGAUGGCUCCAGAAGCUUGGGGGCCAAAUCUGGUUUCUUUUUGCCCGGCUUUUAUCUUCCCGUCCCCUUCUCCCUCUCCCAGCUGAGGGGUGGCCCCCGGCCUGGUGCUGCCUUGAAAGGGAGUGAGAGUGUGGAUAGAGGCUGAGGCCGGAUGCCAGAACUGACGGACGAAGAUGCUGUCCGGGCUGUGGUGCGGGCAGGCUGGGCAGGUUGAUGGGUAAUAAAGUGCUCACUGACCAGCA